CUUUGUCGUUGAUUUUCGUGAUAAUCAAUGGAUUUAUUCCAUGCUCUGAUCCGGACUCACCACAUCACCUCCCGCAAAAAGGUCGCGCACCUCCGAAAAGCGGCCGGCCAGUUGAACUGCUAUGCGCUCCUCCGAAGCGGGGGCUGUCCUGGCAUCAUGUAUUGCAAAGGUAGCGAGGAAGCCGUCAAGGGGUGGGUGUCCACCGUUCAAAGACUGAGAUACAAGGACUUCCAUCUGGCUUCGAAGCCUGCUCUAAUAGAGACCAAGUCGGCCCGGUUUAGUGACCCAGCGGGGCUGUUCGAGGUGGAAACAGUGAAGGAGUUCGCUGCUGCCAUGGAGAAGAGGGGGCUUUCCCGAUGGUGGCAGCAAGCCAUGGGCUUCUCGUGAAGUGUACACAACGAAGGGAAUGCCCGAGUAGGAUGUGAGGAGAAAGUCUCGAAAGUGGGCUGAAGACCCAGACAACGACGGCAACCUAAGGAACGGCAUGGCGAUAAGGCUGGAUGAAACGUACACUACAUAGGUACAGGCAUCGGAGCCAUGCAGUUGACGGAUGCAGGGCUGAAGAGAAACAAGCGAAAGUGAGGUGCCAA